AUGUCUCAGAACGUCAACUUCUCGCCCAUUCGGAACCCAGCCAACCCGGAACGAGUCUUCGUUUACCGUGUGGCGCCCACGGUACAGACUUUGGGCUAUGACCAGCGAACGGUGGGCAAGGGACCAGCCAACCCACGAUGGAACAAGGAUCCCACCAAACUUCCGAGUACUCGGCUCCUGGCAGCAUCCAACAUUGUAACGCUCAACUUUGAUGAUGUCGUCCAUGUCUAUGGCGUAGCACAAACCAGCACUUUGGUCUCUUUGUUAAGCCCAUUCACCGAAGUAGUCGGCGCUGAAACCAAAGCUCCCCAUGGUGCUCUGGCAGGCUGUGCUGUUACUGAGGGCGACGCAGUGCAGGCUUGGCUGGCUUACCAAGGCUCCGAUGGCACGAAAGAACCUCUCAUGUGGACCGAUGUUACCGAUGCUGAUGCCCAGGAUAAACCUUCAACGGCGAAGUAUCCGAUGAGCGGGACCGCCCUGAGUGUUUUCCAUGACACCAAGCGCUAUUGGCUCAUCUACCAGAACGACGACGGCAAGCUCGUCGCACAAAAUGAAAAGGAUCAAAUAGGGUCUGAAAUCCACGCAGAGAAAUCGAACUUCAUCGAGAAAACUCCCAUCGGGACUUGCUUCAUUCCGGGCUACAAAGAGGGGACCUUGGGACGUGCCAUCGUCUACUGGGUCCGGCUGACCAACCAAGCUAACGUCCUGUACCGUUCGCACGCCGACAUCACCGACGCCAAAACUGCGACCUGGAGCGACCCCAAGCCCGCGACUAGUGCCGGCCAGACCGUCCAGCCGCUGGCACAGAUUGGAGUCAUCACGGAGAAUAAGACAAAGUCCAACUGGGUGUACGUGGCCAAGGAAGGCAAAGACAACAUUACGGCUGUGAGCGACCCGUGGCAAGCCAAGGAGGAGUGA